AUGGCAGUGGUUCUGCAUGUUUGGGAAGAAAUUGUCUAUGGACUUGGUUUGGUUUUUAUGAUAAUCCUGAUCUCCUGGGUCACGGCCGAACUUAGCCACAGGUAUCGAAAAAUGCGACGAAAGCAGAAAAACAAGCCAGAAAGCAUCAAACUCCUAAUGGACAGAUGUCAGUCGUCUCGCACAAUGGAAACAGUUCUUCUUCACGAAUGCGAAUGUAAAACUCAAAAUUGA